CUUGCGACUCGGCCUACAUCACGAGCGCAGUCACUUCUUCCCUUACAAAAUUCGUCAUCGAAAACCUUUUAUUGGACGGAGCAAGGACAACAUCAUAUAGGCAACAGCCGAGGUCUUAACAAAUCAGCACGGCAUUCGGUACCACCAAUGCUGUGAAGCUCUGACACCAAAGGUGCCACCUACCCAUCACUAUCAACGCCAUGAAGGCAUCAUUAGGAGCGGCCGCCUGCGCUUCGUCGUCGACAGGCGGCAGGUCUGCCGCAGCCUCCGUCCUCGCACAAGCUCGCAUGUCGCGACGUCUGUUCAUCGGAGGCAUCAUCAGCCCUCGCUCUCCACUUGAGAUGGACAUCAUCACGCGUGGCUUGCUCGGUGUCGGCAGCGGCGGGACGAUCCGAUUCGUCGAGGACUUGGAGCAGGUCGAGCGGGACAUGAAGGUGGAGAUGGGCCGAGCCGGCGUAAAGGGUGGACAUACGAAUGGUCACGGGCACGGGUACGACGACGGUGAGGGUGGGAGCACCACCGAGGAAGAAGGCGAAGUCGCUUCGGCGAGGAGGCGAAACGCAAAGUUGGCAUCCCCAGCUGAAUCAACCAUAGCCAGGCACACCCCCCUACCCAUUCUACGGCCACAAAGCGAAGAAAAUCAACAAGACUCGGUAGAAGAACUUACACACCCGGUCAUCGAUGCUCCCACGCUCUCCUCGGGAGAAGAAGCUGCCGCAUCCUCCUCGCUAGAUGGUCCAAGGGCGCAGGUACAGGAGACUGAUAUCACCUCCAGCACCACUAUCAACGACCGGUCGGCUGAAGCCUUAAUAGGUGAAGCCGUCCCUCGCAUGCCUGACGUCGAGUUUCACCUUGGCAGCGCUGCACAAGCAUUAGCAUUAGAACAGGUGACACCACGCAUGCGCGCGGGGCGCGCCGCCUCGGGUAUUUCGGAGGCUGCACUGCUGGAGAGCGCGAUGAUCAAGCGCGUUACCGCCAAGUAUGGGUGGAAGGAGGGAGCGUACGAUGUCAUCCGCCUUGACAAGGGCGAAUUCCUCAUGCCCGGUUUUAUCGACACACAUACACACGCUUGCCAAGUGCCCAACAUCGGUCUCGGCCAGCAGUAUGAGCUGCUCGACUGGCUGAACAAUAUCACUUUCCCGCGCGAGCGCAAGUUCGAAGACUUGUCAUAUGCACAACGAACAUACUCCUCCGUCGUGCAGCGCCUCGUCGACUCGGGCACGACGACGGCGUGCUACUACGCGACACUACACCUCGAUGCGUCCAUCAUCCUUGCGAACAUAUGCCAUGAGAAGGGCCAGCGCGCAUUCAUCGGAAAGUGCCAGAUGGAUCGCAACGGUGGACAGGGAUACCAGGAGAAGACAGCGAGUCAGAGCAUGCAGGACACGAAGGACUUUAUAGAGCAUUGUAGGAAGCUCGCGAGCGGCCAAUCCGCAUCUACCUUGCCGGCAGCAGCGUCUACCAGAAUGAGCCCGACAGGCACAGCACAGACUUCUCCUGCAAGCUCAGCGCCGAUCGUACUGACGGCUGCAAGGACCAAGCAACCAGGAGCGGGGCCCCGCAGCAACCACACAGAGGACAGUAGCAUAUCGCUCGCUUCCUCGAUAUCUGCGUCGACAGCAUUCACGCAGAGUCCAGUUUGCGCCUCGGCGCCGCGUCAUCGUUCGCUAAAAUACAACGGCCACGCACACGGGACGCAUUCGAGGACUUCUUCGGGGAGCACAACGCCAUCUGUUGUGCGCGGGCAAGAGCGGGAAAAGGAGCUUAGCAACGCGCUCGUGCAGCCCAUAUUGACUCCGCGCUUCGCGAUAGCAUGCACCGACGCGCUGCUUUCCGCCAUCGCGGCGUUGCAGGCGCGAGACCCGACGCUGCGCAUCCAGACGCACCUGUCCGAGAACCCGUCCGAAAUCAGCUUCACCAAGGAGCUCUUCCCCUUUGCGGAGAACUACACAGCUGUGUACGACCACUUUGCUCUGCUAACGCCGCGCACGAUCCUCGCGCAUGCGAUUCAUCUUGAGGAUGAGGAGAUGGAGCUCAUCGCGAAAAGAGGGUGCGGUGUUAGCCAUUGCCCGACGAGUAACCUCAACAUCCGCAGCGGCUGCAGCCGCAUCGGCGAGAUGCUCAAUCGCGGCAUCAAGGUCGGACUCGGCACGGAUGUGUCUGGAGGAUUCGGCCUGUCGAUGCUCUCGGCCAUACGCGAUGCGUCGGUCGUUGCUAAAGUUCUCGCGAUGGGGCCGUCGGCUGCUUCGAAUAGUGCAACAGCUGGAGGACCCAAAGAAGGCACAGCUACCGUUGCCCACGAUUUUACCAAAGGCCCGCUGCCCAUCGCCACGCUUCUUUUCCUCGCCACGCUCGGGGGGGCGCAAGUAUGCGCGAUGGACAACCGAAUUGGAUCCCUAGCACCUGGCAAGGACUUUGACGCGCUCCUCAUUCGUACAACCUCUACUUGGAGCGAUCAGCGCGGGUACACCGGCUGCCCCGGCAUGUACAUCGAGCCCGAGGACGAACUGCCGCAGAUCCUGGAGAAACUACUGUUCACCGGUGACGACCGCUCGAUUGCGCAGGUCUUCGUGCGCGGCAGGAGGGUCGACUCCGGCGCUUUCUUCGAGACCUGAGGCCUUUCCUAACAUACAAUGGGAGCAAAGGGGUAGUGGACUGGCGUGCAUUUGGAUCAUCAGAGAAGCACGCGCAAGUGGCGAUUGGGCUAGAUGCAUUUGCAAUGCUCACUUUAUACAAUUAUCUGGUCG